ACCGUUUGUAAACAGAUCACAGAGAAAAGGUUAAAAAGGCAGGCAUGUUCAGGCAGAUAACCAGAAGUGUGGUGCAGUGUGUGAGUCCUCUGUAAUGCUGCUGAUCUGCCUCGCUGUGCUCGGCCUCACCGGCAGCUCUCUGUCUGCUGCUAUACCACCACCAGACGCUACAGGAUCCAGAAACAAGCUGCUGCUCGUCUCCUUCGAUGGUUUCCGCUGGGACUAUGACCAAGACGUGGACACCCCGAACCUGGAUAAGAUGGCCUGGGACGGGGUGAGGGCAGAAUACGUCACCCCACCCUUCCUCACCAUCACCAGCCCAGCACACUUCACCCUGCUUACAGGACGUUAUGUUGAGAAUCAUGGAGUAAUCCACAACAUGUGGUUCAACACUAACACUCAGGAGAAGAAGCAGUACUACCAAACUCAGUUUGUUGAUUCCUACUGGGACAACGGCAGCUUACCCAUCUGGAUAACAGCACAGAGACAGGGUCUAAAAGCAGGUUCUCUGCAUUUCCCUGGAACAGCAGCCACCUACAGAGGGGAGACUGUGGGGGUUAGUCAAGUGGAACCUUUUCUCUAUGAUCAUUCAAAUGAGACCGAUUGGAGGCUGAACAUUGACAAGGUGAUUGGAGAAUGGUUCCACCAACAGGAUCUGGACUUUGUCUCCUUGUACUUCGGAGAACCAGAUUUGAUUGGGCACAAAUAUGGACCAAAUUCUCCAGAACGCCGUGAGAUGAUCCAGCAAGUAGACCGUACAGUGGGCUACAUCCGGGACAAAAUCCAAGAACAUGGCCUUACUGACCGGCUCAACAUUAUCAUCACUGCCGACCACGGGAUGACUACCGUUUUAAGAGGUGGAACCUUUGAGGAGAUCACCCUCUCUAAGAUCCCUGGAUUCAGCUUCAAGGAUGUCAAAUUCCACCUGGUGGAUUAUGGUCCUGCUGGGAUGCUGCUUCCUAAAGAGGGGAUGCUGGAGAAGGUCUACCAGGCUCUGAAAGGAAGCCAUCCUCACCUUCAUGUGUACAAAAAGGAGGAGAUGCCAGCUAGACUGCACUACGGUAACCAUCCUCGGCUCUUGCCCAUCAUCCUCUUUGCUGAUCCUGGAUAUGUAAUCAAUGGGUUUUUCCCUGUGCAGUUCCACAAAGGAGAACAUGGCUUUGACAAUCAAGUGAUGGACAUGAAGCCUUUUUUCAGGGUGGUGGGACCUGAUUUCAAGACAAACCUGGUGUUCCGGUCUUUUGAGACAGUUAAUGUGUACCCACUGAUGUGCCAUCUACUGGGGAUAAACCCAGAAGUCAAUGAUGGACACCUGGACAAUACCAAAGACAUGAUGGUCCCCAACAAAAACAACAACAAACUGAAUGCCCUGUCUCAAGUGGUUGUCGGUUUAUCUGCAGUGACCGUUUUUCUCGCACUGGUGUUCAUAAUGACCACUUCCUAUGCUGGGUGUAAAAGGAAUCGAGUAGAAAGGAGUUUCAACAUGGAACAUGCAGCUGGGUACAUUGGGGAAGAAAAGACAGACAUCAAGCAGAGCAGUUUUUAAAAAUGAAGACUGAUUUUUUUUUUCUUUUUUUUUCUAAUAUUCUUUCUUAUUUAAUCCACAUCCUUCCAUUAAUGACAGAUACAACAUUCUGGUACAGAAGCACUUCUCUAUCAAAGGUAAUUGUCACUAAAUAUUACCAUGUCCAUGCAUGGAGUGGAUGACAUGUACUUGAUUUGAUGGAAGAACUUUUUACAAUUUUUUCAUGAAUGACAAAAUAUAGCAAAUCUAUCCCAAGACUGUCACUGUGUAUAUUUGAAUGGAGAUCACAAUACAAAUGCAGAUUAGAAAUAUAGAGAAAUGUUUUAAGUUUAGCCUUUUUGAGUGCUUUGCCGUCGACUUUCAUUCAUUGUGAAUUCAGUAUGAUGGCAUUAUCCUUUUUUUCUCAUCAUCUUUGCCAAAAGCUACAGUUAACACCUUAUAUUAAAAAUAUAAAUG